UUUCCUCAGGUCUCGUUCUUGGAUUCUGCUGCCAAUAUUCGUCUCCUCCAAAAACGUCUAUCAGCAGUGAUGGGGAAACCGAUACCGCUCGAACACGUAAUCAAUUAUAAAAUGUUUUUAACAAACAAAAUAAAUGGAACUCAAGGGCUAAACCUGUUCUUUAGGGAGGCCGGUCCACUUGUUGAGAAGUUCACCACCCUGCUUUAUUCGUUUUCGAAGAUGAGGAUAACUACGGAGGCGUAUGUUUGUAUCAAGGCAAUCACGCUCUUCCACUACAAUAGGAACCCAGACUGGAGUGGCAACCAUUUGGACAAACCGCAAUUUCUGCAGAAGGUUACGCUUAUUCAAGAUCAGCUGCCUAUGCUUCACAAUGCUUCAUCGGUUCUCCUGCACUCGAAAAUGUUCUACGUUCCAUUUUUGAUUUGCAAAAAUCCACAUCGAUUCGCAGGACAGGAUGAGCAUAUGAUGUCAGCUUGA